CUUCUAACUGAAAUGGGUUUAUAACACUCUAAUACUGUAAAAACGUAAUAUUUUGUCGCAGAUGGUUAGCUAUAACAUAUUUCGAGGCAUUGGGCGCACGAAGAGCUUUUCCCUGUUUUGACGAGCCUGAGUAUAAAGCAACCUUCAAGAUAAAGUUGAGUUAUAAAAAAGGAUUGACUUCGAUAAGUAAUAUGAAAUUGAUGAAUCAAAUAAACUGCCCUUCGAAUGCAGAUUAUGUUGUCGACGAAUUCGAAGAAUCUCCACCAAUGUCUACUUAUUUAGUAGUAUACAUGGUGUCAGAUUUCGUAUACACUGAAGCAAAUAGUGAAAAUGACCAAGUGAAGUACCGUAUUAUUUGCAAGAAGGACUUAGCCAAUCAAACAGAAUUUGCCAUUAACUUGGGACCGAAGGCCCUGAAAUACUACGAGGAUUAUUUCGAUGAAAAAUUCCCGCUGCAAAAACAAGACAUGGCGGCCAUACCCGAUUUUUCUUCAAGUGGUAUGGAGAAUUGGGGUCUCGCCACAUUUACAGAGAGCUGUUUGUUAAUCGAUACGGACGUGGCCUCAACUGCUAUUUUAUAUGAAAUAGCCAAAUUCAUCACUCACGAAAUGGUUCAUCCUUGGUUUGGUGAUCUCGUUACCAUGAAAUGGUGGACCGGCCUUUGGUUGAAUGAAGGAUUCGCCAAUUAUGCAGCACUACGCGGAGUGGAUACCUUGUUUCCCGAAUCAAAAUAUUUCCAAGUCAACAACGUUGAAAACUUUUUAGACGUUUUGGACGCUGAUUCGCUUCAAUCGGCACACCCAUUGUCGGUAGCCAUAAGAAAGCCCGAUGAUAUAGAUUCAAUUUCGUGGGACCAGAUGACGUACACAAAGGGACCAAUUUUGUUUCAUAUGAUGAACACGUUCCUUGGCGAGAAUACGUUCAAACAAGGCAUUAGAAACUACAUACACAAAUACAAAUUUUCCAAUGCCGAACCGGAUGAUUUGUGGAGCUCAUUGACGGAGGAAGCACACCGACAAGGAACUUUGGACAAAAAUCUAACCGUGAAACAAAUAAUGGACACAUGGGCGUUGCAAACAGGUUAUCCCGUAUUGAAUGUCGUCCGGGAUUAUUCUGCGGGCACGGUUACAUUGUCCCAGGAAAGGUAUCUAACGAUCAAAUCAAACGAUACGGACAAUAAAACCUGUUGGUGGAUACCAAUCACUAUGACAACUUCUGGGGACUUUAACCAGACAAAUGCGACAUUUUGGUUGAAUUGCGAAAACAACAACCUCACCACGCCAUUGGCCAAAGACAACGAGUGGGUCAUCUAUAACAUGCAGAUGACAGGUAGGUCUUAUAUUAUUAUAAAAAGGAAGUCCGAUCACACGCACCUGCGCAUCGCUCCCGAUCAGUUUUUUUUUGUUUCGACGGAAAACCCGCGCCGAUCCGAGUGAAUCAAGUGCCUAUCGCUUCGUCUCGAC